AUGAGUGAUGACGAAGAUAUACUUGGCGAAAUGGCGGACGCACUAUAUAAUUUGAAGAGGACUGAGCGGUUGGAGCAACAGCUUGGUAUUACAGAUGACAUGUCAAACAGCCAAGAUUUUCCCGAUAUAUACACUCUAGAAGAGGGAACCUUUAAACAACAUAAUUCAAGCACAUCAGAAAACAACGAAAUAUUAACAGACACACCCGUCAAUGAUCAUUCAAAUGAAGAAGAAAAAGAAAAUACAAAAAAUAGUAAAAAAACUAUAAAGAAAUUAAAGCAACUAGUAGAAAAGAAAAAUAUAAAGAAAAGACAAGUAAAAAGAAUCACAAUGCCUUUGCAAAAAACAAGAAGAAAGAAAGUUAAAAAAGAUGAGGAAGAACAUGAAGAGAAAAAAGAAACCAAACCCAUAAGGAAAACAAUCGCAAAAACAAAAUUAAAGAAAAAAAUACUGACGAAGAUAACACUCAAAACAAUCGAAAAAGAAAUAUCGGACAGUGAGAGUGAAACAAUAAAAAUCCCUUUAAAGAAACAAAAAGCUCAAAAAGAAAAAAAGAGUGAAACAAAAAUCAAAACGUCAACAAAACCAAUCAAAAAGAACAAAAGCGAAACGACCAUCAACCAAAAGAAAAAAAUGACAAAAAAAGAUUUGAGUGAUGACGGAACGUUAAGCACAGAUAAAGGCGGGGAAAAAAUGAAGAAUGAUUUGACAUGUGCAGAUACCCAGAACGAACUGGCAAUUUCUGGUACAACCGAACGUCAUGAAACAAAUGAUAGUGAGUUGCCAACUCAAAUAAUCUCAUCGACUCAUCAAACACUUCCAACCACUUUAAUCCUGAAAUCUUCCGAUUCACAAAAGCACAGAAAAAAUAUUCGUGAGUAUAAACUUAGAGAUGUCCAGCGCCCAGUUAUAGUUUUAUCUAUGUUUAAUGAGAAAGAGGUAUCAGCUUAUAAAAAGGCGUGUAAAAGCUUUGCUACGUUAGACAACGAUGUUACUCCCAACACUACGCAUGUCGUUGUAAAGAGAGAAGAACGAACGCUUAAAGUGGUGACAGCAAUAUGUUUAGGGCGUUGGGUAGUUAACGAGGAGUGGAUACAAGAGUGUAUCGAACAACAUGUUGUAGUCAAUGAGAAACCAUUUGAAUGCUUUUCCAACGGGAGAGAAAGCGUUGUUGGAAAGCGGCGCGAUAUAUUUAAAAACAAAUACAUCAAGAUUGGGAAAUUGGAGAAUUACCAAUACAGCUUAGAGAAGUUAAUGAGUUUGAUCACAUUCUCUGGGGCCAUUUUUCAAAGUGUAAAAAAGCCGUUUGCGAUUAUUGGAGAGGAAGAGAAAAACCUCAAGCCAUCAUGGCUCUUUGAUUCGAUAAUUUUAGGAAAGAUACAGCCCCGAAAACAAUAUGAAGUACACGAGGAAUGA